CCGGCCUCGUGUUGGCACGUGGGUAGCGCGCGCGCCUCGCUCGGGGGGAACGGCAGCCGGGAAACAACGACAACAAAAAAAAAAAAACUGACCGUGCGGUGGUGUGUGUUGGGAUAACAGCGCCGCGACCACUCCAGGGCUCGUGUGGUUAGUUGCUUGCUUUUAUUUAUUUAUUUAUUUUUUCCUUCUCUCGCCCGAAGGACCCUGAGACCGCGUCUUCUUGAACGCCAAGUCGAAGACGUCCGGAGACCUCGCCUCGACUUCGCCGCCACCAGUGUCGAAAGGACCGGACUGAAUUUUCCCCCGGCAAGCAGGAGUAGAGUUAAAAAGAAAAAUUAAAACCGGCGGCGCGUGCUGUCCGGGCUGCUGGACGAGACCCGGGGUCGGCCGCCGAGGCGGGCUGGAGUCUCCCGCGGGCUGUGGACCAAGGCCCGGCUAUGGGGAACUGAGUGCCCUCCGCUCACACAGCGCGCCGCAGGAGGAGAGGACGAGAGCCAGCCAGCAGAGGGGGAGGGUGUUCCUCGGCAGGGCCCCCCCUCCCUGCCAGCCGCGCGCGCCCCCCCGAGCCAAUAAGCGCACCGCUUUCUUAUGAUGUCAUCAGAGGAGGACGCAGAAUGCUUCGGGUUGUACGGGGAUAAACUACUGAAGAAAGCGAAGCGCACGAGGCAGCGCGUGGACGCGGGCGAGCCGAGGAACAGCUACUCGUCGAUCCCGAACUUCAGUUCGCGGCCGAGCUUCCUCGGCGGCGGCCUGUACGGCGCCAUCUUCAGCAGCGCGCAGGGCCAGCAGGCGCACUUCGGCGGCCUGUUCGGGCCCGCCAAGAUGCUCAACGAGCUGCUGGGUCGGCAGGCCAAGGACGGCGACGGCGACGCCAAGAUCUCCGCCGCCGACAACAACAACGGCUACGACUGCCUGAACGCGACGUCGGUGAUCCGGCGCGGCCUGGACGAGGAGGACGGAGCGGACAGCCCCCCGCCGGGCGAGCUGGCGCACCACAUGCUGCGCGACAUCCUGCAGGGCCGCAAGAAGGAGCUGCUGCAGCUGGAGCAGGAGCUGCGCAGCGUGGGCGCCGCGUCGCCCGACAACAACAACAGCAUCACCAACAACAACAACAACAACAACAACAACGAGCUGAAGAACGGCGGCGCGGCGGGCACGGACUGCAGCGACACGGAGCACGCCCAGCAGGAGCAGGCGGGGCUGAACGGGGACCCGGACGCCGAGGCCAGCGGCGGGGAGGACGACGCGGCGGGCGGCGCGGACGAGGCGCUCGACGACGCCGGCAAGGGCGACCUCACGGACGACGCGCUGAACCACGUGAACGGCGGCGCGGGCUCCGACUCGGAGCAGUCCCUCCCGUCGCCCGGCUCCGACUGCCUGCCCAACGACAAGGAGACGGGCGAGGACUCGAACCCGGCGCCCGGGGACGCCAAGGACGGCCAGCCGUCGCCGUGCGCGCCCUCCGCGCUGGCGGCGCCCAAGCCCGAGCAGAUGGAGCUGAAGCGGGCGCGCGUCGAGAACAUCGUGUCGUCGAUGCGCGCGAGCCCGUCGCUGCCGCAGCAGGUGAACGGCUGCAAGAAGCGCAAGCUGUACCACCCGCAGCAGCACGACAACAGCGCGGCGGAGCGCUACGCCUCGCAGUUCGGCCUGGGGCUCGGCCUGCUGCUCGACGACGACGACGAGCUGGCGGAGCCGCCCGAGGUGCGGCAGAAGCGCGUCGAGAAGAACGCGCUCAAGAACCAGCUGCGCACCAUGCAGGAGCAGCUGGCCGAGAUGCAGCAGAAGUACGUGCAGCUGUGCACGCGCAUGGAGCAGGAGUCGGACUGCCAGGACACGGAGGACGUGGCCAGCGACCUGGAGCCCGACGACGACGACGGCGGCGGCAACAGCCCCCCGCCGCCCGAGAAGCCGCGGCCGGUCGUCUCCACGCCCGUCAAGGAGACGUCGGUGCCGUGCUCGCCGGCGCCCGUGCCGGCGCCGCCCCCGGCCAAGCUCGCUCCCGCCAAGCUGCACCCGCACGCGUCGCACCUCGGCGCGCACCAGCACCCCAUGAUGCCCACGCUGAACGGUGGUCUGGCCAUGCUGCACCAGCAGCAGCACCAGCUGCAGCACCAGCAGCACGAGCCGCAGCAGCAGCAGCAGCAGCCGCACCCCCAGGCGCCGUACCAGCACCCUCACCACCAGCACCCUCACGCGCACGCGCACCCGCACGCCAUCAGCAGCGCGGCGGCCAUGUACCUCGGCCACAAGCUGUUCCUGGAGCAGGAGGCGCGGCUGGCCAAGGACGCCGCAGUGGCUGCCGCCGUGGCGGAGCAGCAGCAGCAGCAGCAACAACAACAACAACAGCAACAACAACAGCAGCAGCAGCAACAUCACCACCAGCAGCAGAUGCAGCAGCUCCAGCAUCAGCAGCAGCAGCAGGUGCCGCCACCCCCACCGCCUCAGGCGCCUCCGCCCCCGCCGCCCCCACAGCAGCAGCAGCCGCCGCCGCCGCCACCGCAGAUGCAGAUGCAGAAGGCGUCGAGCGUGUCGAGCGACUUCGCGGAGCGCUUCUCCGUGUUCCGCAGCAGCGUGGCGGCCAUGGCGCCCGUGUCGGGGCCCGACCUGGAGGGCCUGGCGGACGUGCUCAAGACGGAGAUCACCGCCUCGCUCGCGGGCCUCAUCGACUCGGUGGUGGCGCGCUUCGUGCAGCAGCGCCGCUUCCUCGGCAAGCAGUCGGAGGCGGCGGCGGCGGCGGCGGCGGCGGCCGAGCAGCUCAACAAGGACCUGCUGGUGGCGUCGCAGCUGCUGGACCGCAAGUCGCCGCGCACCAAGGUGAUCGACCGGCCCGGCGGCGGCAGCCAGGUGGUGCCGCGGCUCAACGGCAGCGCCUUCCCGCACGGCGGCGCCACGCCAGAGAACAACAUCAACACCAUGAACCUGCAACACGUGCGGCCAUCGCCCAACGCGUCCAUGUUCCAGACGCCCAAGGCCCCCGGCGGGGGCGGCUCGGCGGCGGCGCUGUACUCCUCCAUGAGCGGCGGCGGGCCGCACAUGAACCCGUACUGCGUGCCGGAGAACAGCCGCGAGGGCAUGCCGGAGCAGAACGAGGCGCUGAGCCUCGUCGUGACGCCCAAGAAGAAGCGGCACAAGGUGACGGACACGCGCAUCACGCCGCGCACCGUCAGCCGCAUCCUGGCGCAGGACGGCAUGGCGCCGCCCCCCGGGUCCAUGGAGGCCGCGCCGCCCGGGCCCGGCGCCUCAAAGUUCGGCGGCAUGAUGGCGUCGACGAGCGGCGGCGCCGACUCGCCCCCGCCGCCGCCGCCGCCGCCUCCCCCGCAGAGGCCCUACCACCCGCCGCCACCGCCGAUUCUGCCCGUGUCGCUGCCCACCUCGGUGGCCAUCCCCAACCCCGGCCUGCACGAGUCGCAGGUGUUCUCGCCCUACAGCCCGUUCUACCACCACCAGCAGCAGCAGCAGGCGCCGCCGCCGCCGCCGCCGCCGCCGCACCAGCACCAGCACAUGGCGUCGGCCAGCCCGCCCGACCCGCGCGGCGAGACGCCGCCCCUGCAGCACCCGCCCACGCUGCUGCACCCGGCGCUCAUGGCCGCCGCGCAGCACGGCGGCUCGCCCGACUACGGCCACAUGCGAGGCGGCGGCGCCGACAGCGUGGACCGCACCUCGGACUGCAACUCGGCGGACGGGCCCUACGACGGCAUUCAGCCCACUAUAUCCUUUACCAGCCAACCACCCUCCUCUCGCAGUUCCUUAACUGAAGCGCACUCGUCCACGCUGACGCCGAUGCACCUGCGCAAGGCGAAGCUGAUGUUCUUCUGGGUGCGCUACCCCAGCUCGGCCGUCCUCAAGAUGUACUUCCCCGACAUCAAGUUCAACAAGAACAACACCGCGCAGCUGGUCAAGUGGUUCUCCAACUUCAGGGAGUUCUACUACAUCCAAAUGGAGAAGUACGCGCGGCAAGCCGUCAGCGAAGGCGUGAAGAACGCAGAUGACUUGCACGUGGGCGCCGACUCGGAAAUUUACAGAGUCCUUAACCUCCACUACAACAGGAACAACCACAUAGAGGUAUGGGGUCCACAGGUUCCUUCAAACUUCCGGUAUGUUGUGGAGCAGACUCUACGGGAGUUCUUCAAAGCAAUACAGGGAGGGAAGGACACGGAACAAUCCUGGAAGAAAUCAAUUUACAAGAUCAUUUCACGACUUGACGACCCGGUUCCCGAAUACUUCAAGUCGCCAAACUUCCUAGAACAAUUGGAAUAAGUGAUGCGGACAUUCUAGUGAUUUGGGGAUGGUGACUGGGAGUGAUUGCUUGCAGUUUGUUUCGGUUUUUCCAUUCCUUGAAUUUUUACAUUCGUCGAUUCCGUUCGUCUGCUGUCGUCACCAAGGCUGCGACCUAGUCGUGAUCGUCGAAGACUCACCGACAUUCCUUCAAGGACAUGCAUCUGUAAACUGUUUCGUUUGCCGGACGGUGUAAUCGAAACCGACGGGAGGACGCUAAAUGAACGCUGCUCGUUUUUUGUAUGAUAAUUACUGUUAUGUAAAUGCUAUUUAUGAUGUACGCUCAAAAUGUCAGCUUGCCUAAAAGGAAAUAUUGGCACGUACUGCGAGGGGGUACGAGUUACAAGCAGCAAGUGUGUGCAGGCGCGAGUUGCAUAGUGGUGGUAGCUGUAAGCGGAGCGGCGUGCGAACUUGCGCGUCACGCAGUUUUAAGUUCACGAGCAGGAGAGCUGGUCUGUUGCUGCUGUGAAUUAAGUGACCCAAAACAUUUUUUUCCUGGCUGCACACUCGCAUUGUAACGCUGGGAAGUGCCUUCUCGGACCUUUGACGCUGACAUUGUGAGCAAAACGCUGUAAAUAUAAAACAAUGUAAUAUUUGAUUUGAUCAAGGCUUAUGUUUAUGUUGUACAAAAAAAAUGGAGAAUGAUGCGUGAAGAGAAAAUUAUGCGGCUUAAGGUAGACGUAUAAAAAAAAUAAAUGACCAAAGAUUAUUUCCAAACUUUCAUCGUGUGAUAAAAGUUUGUUUAAAUACUGUGCUAGUCGUUUUCUAAAGUGUCGUAUAUAGUUUCAUUCCAUUCUUUCGCGCUAAGUUCGAAUUUAUGGAACUGUUUUUACAAACGUGUAUAAAAAGAGAAAAGAAAGAUAUUGUUAAAAUUAUAUUAUAUCUUGAAGAGUAUCCCAGAGUGCACCAAUGAGCACAAAUCAUUUAGUUGUAGUUGAAAAGACCGCAUGAUCUCACGCCGUCGUAAUGAGAGAGGAUGCUGGAUGUGCUGAUGUUAGAAUUAAAUUUGCGAGGGAUGGACCGUUUGUAGGGUGAGUUUCCUAGUCAGAACAUCCCUGUGUCUCUGAGUUCAUCUUGUACAUUUAUAUUCAUGUGGUGGAUAAAAACAUUUUUAGAAAAAUAAUGAUGAAAAAAAUGUUUUGCCUUCUAAUGCUGAUCGACAAAGUAACUGAUUUUGUGAUAUAUACAUAUAUAUAUACUUGAUUGAAAUUUUACACUAAAAAAAAUUUUGAUAAUUGCUUUUGAGUAUUAAAAAGUUAUGAACAAAAACAAAUUUAAUAUAUGAUGUAAAAAUGCUGUUUAUUUAAUUUUAUUUCCCAGACAAAUAAUGUGUGUUUAAGUGCAUAUCCUCACAGUACAGCAGCAAGAGUGCACAGUUGUUUCGAGUGCGUGUGACCAAAGGGACAUAAGAAGCCACAGGAAACUCAAAAUAAUUGUGAUCUGCAGGGAUAAAACAGUGAAACUCAAGUGAAGACAGGACUUCCUUUGUUCUACAAAAUAAAACUCCUUUUUAAUUUCUAACGUACCGUGUUUUUUGUAUCGUGUGGAUGGCUGGGUCUUGGUAGUGGAAGCCGGCUGGCCAAACCAAUCAUCUUCUCUCCACCGGCCACCACAUCGACGGCAGUAUGCGACAACGCAGCGAACACAGUUUACAGAUCACAGCCUGCUUACAGUGCAAUAAACUAACCUUGAGUUGUUAAGCUUGUUUUGUUUUUUAAGUUUUCGGUCCUCCGCUGGCCCGUCCGGACAAGUGCGUAAAGUAACUCAAACCAGUCCGAUGUCGUACCACUUCCGCCACAUAACCACGGUACCGAUCAUCAGAUCGCCACCCGAAACAGAUACGAGAAGAGGGGAGGAAAAGUUCACAAAAUACACACAUUCUGUCGUGGCACAAACGAGCUCGAUGUGGAGAAGGUGAUAAAAAAAGAGGGAAGGAGAUGAAUAUGAAAAAUAAGAGGGAAGAAACCAAAGUGUCCUUUCAUUCCGGAUUGUUGAGUUCACCUCUUGUUUACCGUGUAAGAAAGGUGUCUUAACAGUUUUGGUAUCUAGUCAUCAUUUAAAAAAAAAAACCAAGCAAAUAAAAGAUAUAAGAUGAGGCCAAAUCAACUCGCGUUGACUUCCCCGAGUAAGAGUCAAAGUCAGUUGAUAAGACUGCUGCAGCAUUGCCAACGUUCUUUGUUUCUUUGAAGCUCCGCUCCCAUCCGGGAAAAGCGAUCAGGUUCCGUGACCACUUCCCUCAGUACUCAGGCGCGUGACAGAGUAUGUACUCACACAUACCUCACGUUUCAAACACACAGUCGCACACGUACACAUGAAUCGUAGGCCGAUGGCUCGUCGUCACUCGCCCGCAUUGAUAACCGAACGCUUUUCAGACAAAAUAUUGCCAGUACAUGCAACUGGUUAUGUUCAGUUUUUGUUUAUUCUUUCAAUAGAAACUGACAUUGUUGAAUCCUAUGUGAUUGUUACCCUGUAGUUUUUAUUGUUCUCCAAUGGUUGUUGUAGCUUAUGACAGGGAGCUAACCCUUACUAAGUGGUGGUCGUGGUGAGGAAUGUUUUUCUGUUGGUUUUGUACUGAAACUGUCAGACGAUUUACUUUUUGCAGACCUUAAGUUGGUGUUUUGAAAUCUUUUUAAUAUAAAUAAUACUGCAAUCUUUAUUUUGCCAUUUGAAGUGCAUGUGGUCCAUUUGGAUAUCCUUUCUUUUUAUUUAUAAAGGGUGCUGUUAAUUUGGAAUACCUCCCUCCCCAUAAUGUUGAUGUAGCGUAGUGAGAAAAAAAGUUUGCAUUUUGGCAUAUUUUUAUACCUACCAAAUCUUAUUUUACAUUUUGCUAAAAAUGAUGUCUUGGCAAUGUGUAGAAUCCCUGUCCAAACUUAUCAUAAAAAAAGUACAAGCUUGUUUGAAGCACCUUUGCGCCUUAUCUUUACGAUUAAGAGGAAAUUGAGCAAAAGUAAAAUUAAGUGUGUAAUUUUUACCAAAAUCUGCCUUAAAUUCUAUUUUCUUAAAAGAAUACCUAGUGUGCUGAUUUGCUGUAGAAAAACACUUCUCAUUUCUCACUAAGUCUGGAAUGUUUUGGUCAACAUCACCACAGUAUUGUUUGUUAAUCACUCACUAUAUCACUGGCAAAUGUCCCGAGGGUUGCUUCCCAACUUUAACCGUUUGUUCGUUCGUUGGUUAUACAUAACAGGCUGUUUCAGAAUCUUCUAGUCCAAUAUGCAAUCAUAGUCAUUCUUUUGAGUGUGAGAUGUAGUAUAUGUCAAACUGUUGGUAACCUUUCAUGCGUUUUUGGGGUGAAAUCCUUCAUGUUAAUCCAUGUACUUUAUUUUUAAGAGCUGUGACCGAUAUGUUGAGAUACUGCUUUGUAUUCGAUUUGUUACAUGUUGCUUGUUUCUAAUUUUUCUAGUAACUCUUGAGAAAUAGCCAGAACAGUUGUGUUACGUUGAGUACUGGCCCCCUGCCCUGUUUCCGAUGAGUUACUUAUGAACGCCUCCUGCAUUUUGGUCUUGAGGAGAACGAGUUAAUGGUCAAGUUUGUUAUUAGGGAUUCUGCAGUGGAAACUAGGCAAAGUGUUCUCAAAUGAAAAAUAGCUCUUUUUGAUAAUGGAAACCACAUACAUUACAGCACUCGCAAUAGACUGAAGGCAACUACGCAAUAUUCUCCAAAGAUUACAGGCAGCGUCUAAAAAUGAUAUAUAUCUAGGCAUACCAUUCAUUGAAGCAAAACUCUCAAAGGGCCAAAUGUCCGAUCUAAAGUGCCUUCAAAAAUGUUAAUUUUUUAGAUAAAUGAAAAUAAAAAAAAUUUUGGGCCCUAAAUAGACAAAUCUCGCCCCACCAAAACACUUUGCAUUUUUUCCAUUGUGAGUUCCUUGUUAGUUGAUUAUUUUUGGAGGACCCAAAACGCAAAUUCAAUUUAUUAAGAUUGUUAAGCUGAGCUAUGAUAAUUCCGUUUACUGGUAUAUUACACAAGAGCCACAUAUAAUAUUAUAUUUAAUUUCAUUGGUUCUUAUUUACUAUUGUAUUUACCGAGGUUUCAUGUGUCAUCAUGCAUGUAAGAAACCGUAUAUCCAUGGUAUAGCAUUACUCUAGUUUGUAGGAAUACAUGAUUAUAAUACUAAGAAACAAAAAAAAAAUUGGCUUUUAUU